AUGUUUGAAAAGAUUGUGUUAUGCAUUUACUUUAUGGGCACGGUGCAUUCUGUCUUCGUAGACACUGGGUAUAGUAAACAUGGUUUCAGCAAUGACGGUGCUAAAGCCUGGCAGGUAGUCAAGGUAUAUCAUGCUCCACCAAACUCCCAAAUGUGGCACAAAUACGAUUCAUUUCCUCAUGCCUAUCCUAAAUAUGAAUUCGACUACGCAGUAUCAGACAAAAAAACCGGAGAUCAUAAGAGACAUCAGGAGACCAGAGAUGGGGACAGAGUAUGGGGAGAAUAUAGUCUUGUCGAACCUGAUGGCUCUCUUCGCAAGGUCGAAUACAAUGCGGAUGAUCAUAAUGGUUUCAACGCUUUAGUCAGCAAAACCGUUAACAAACAUGGAGGUCACGCGAUAUCUAUAUCAGGCCACACUAGACACUUCUAUCCAAUAGGUUAUGGCGUAAAGAUUCACCACUUUACCCCCGAAAAACACCAUGCAGAAUUUCACAAAGAAGAAAAUCAAGAAGAUAAAGAAAACAAACCCAUGAAUGACUCUCAUAAAGAAAAAGCAAAAAUGGUGCUCAUUGACGGAGGAAAAAUGAUGUUAUUAGAAUCUGUACCAGUUACGGAACCAAUUAAAGUUGAUGCAAUGAAAACAGAAGAAAAUGACGUUAAAAAUAUGCCGGUAGUUAGCAUGAUCAUGAAUGAAGCGCCCGAAAUGGAAAAUGAUAAUUCUGUAGCACCAGUGGUUGAAAAAACUGAUACAGUUGAUAAUCUUCAGAUAAUCGACGAACCUAAUAAAGAUGCAACAAGCACAGAUUCCGAAGUAGCCUCAUCGUAUUAUCGUUCUAAGUACUUUAAAUAUUACAUCGGUUAUUGA